UUCCGGCUGGAGCUCCGCAGGAAGGAAGGAGGGGACAGCACCACAGAAGCCACCAGGCCAGGCACAGACAGGCCUCUGGGGCAGAGGGGCACUGCUGCCACCCAGGUAGGACACGUCCACUGGGGGUCCUGGGAGGGGGAGGAACGUCAAGGACCAGAGGUUCCACCCCCAAGGUGACACCUCUUCAGCACCUUGUGUCUGGAGAAGAUGGGCUCCUGGUCACAUUCUUCUAAUUGUGAGAUUUUUCUUGCUGGGGAAGUCUGGGAGGGCUUCCUGGAGGAGGGAUUCAGCUCCUUGUGCUGAUGCCACCCGGGGUCCCCAUGGCCUCGCUGAGCCGAGCUCUGCGAGCGGCCGCCUCACGCCCCGGUAGGAGCCCCGCGCAGCGCCUGGGGCCUCGGGCCCUGACCGGUGGGCCCGGCCCUACCACUGAGAAGAGCGUGCCCUAUGAGUGGACCCUGAAGGAGACCCCGGGUCCCUCCGCGGAGGCCCAAAGCCCAAGCCGGCCCCUGCCCAGCACGGCCAGCGUGGUGGUCAUCGGCGGAGGCAGCUUGGGCUGCCAGACCCUGUACCACCUGGCCAAGCUGGGCGUGAGCGGGGCCGUGCUGCUGGAGCGGGAGCGCCUGACCUCCGGGACCACCUGGCACACUGCAGGCCUGCUGUGGCAGCUGCGGCCCAGCGACGUGGAGGUGGAACUGCUGGCCCACACGCGGCGCGUGGUGAGCCAGGACCUGCCGGCGGAGACCGGCCUGCACACCGGCUGGAUCCAGAACGGGGGCCUGUUCAUCGCGUCCAACAGGCAGCGUCUGGAUGAGUACAAGAGGCUCAUGUCGCUGGGCAAGGCCUACGGCGUGGAGUCCCACGUGCUCAGCCCGGCGGAGACCAAGGCGCUGUACCCGCUGAUGAAUGUGGACGACCUGUACGGGACCCUGUACGUGCCUCACGACGGCACCAUGGACCCCGCCGGCACCUGCAGCACCCUCGCCCGGGCGGCCAGGGCCCGCGGGGCACAGGUCAUCGAGAACUGCCCAGUGACGGGCAUCCGCGUGCGGACGGAUGACUUCGGGGUUCGGCGGGUGGCGGCCGUGGAGACCCAGCACGGCUCGGUCCAGACGCCCUGCGUGGUCAACUGUGCAGGAGUGUGGGCGGACUCCGUGGGCCGGAUGGCUGGAGUCAAGGUCCCGCUGGUGGCCAUGCACCACGCCUACGUCGUCACUGAACGCAUCGAGGGCAUCCAGAACAUGCCCAACGUCCGUGACCACGAUGCCUCGGUCUACCUCCGCCUCCAGGGUGAUGCCCUGUCUGUGGGCGGCUACGAGAGGAACCCCAUCUUCUGGGAGGAGGUGUCGGACAAGUUUGCUUUCGGCCUCUUCGACCUGGACUGGGACGUGUUCGCCCAGCAUAUCGAGGGCGCCAUCAACCGGGUCCCGGUGCUGGAGAGGACGGGGGUCAAGUCUACGGUCUGUGGCCCAGAGUCCUUCACCCCGGACCACAAGCCGCUGAUGGGGGAGGCACCCGAACUCCGAGGCUUCUUCCUGGGCUGUGGCUUCAAUAGUGCAGGGAUGAUGCUGGGCGGCGGCUGUGGGCAGGAGCUGGCCCAUUGGAUCAUCCACGGACGCCCGGAGAAGGACAUGUACGGCUACGACAUCAGGCGCUUUCAUCACUCGCUCACGGACCACCGCCGCUGGGUCCGAGAGCGCAGCCACGAGUCCUACGCCAAGAACUACUCUGUCGUCUUCCCCCAUGACGAGCCCCUGGCAGGGCGCAACAUGCGGCUGGACCCCCUGCACGAGGAGCUCCUGGCGCGGGGCUGCGUGUUCCAGGAGCGGCUUGGCUGGGAGCGGCCGGGAUGGUUCCACCCAGGAGGCGCGGCUCCGGUCCUGCCCUACGACUACUACGGGGCCUACGGACAGCAGGCGCACCGGGACUACACCUACGGCCGGCUGCUGCAGGGCGACCACACCUUCGACUUCCCGCCCCACCACGACCUGAUUGAGCGGGAGUGCCUGGCCUGCCGCCGCGCCGCCGCCGUGUUCGACAUGUGCUACUUCGGCAAGUUCUACCUGGUGGGCCCGGACGCCGGGAAGGCUGCCGACUGGCUGUUCUCCGCCGACGUCAGCCGCCCCCCAGGCUCCACCGUGUACACCUGCAUGCUGAAUGCGCGUGGGGGCACCGAGGGCGACCUGACCGUCAGCCGCCUGGCCCCCAGCCUGGAGGCCACGCCCCUCACCCCUGCCUUUGAAGGGGACGGCUUCUACCUGGCCGUGGGCGGGGCCGUGGCGCAGCACUGCUGGUCCCACGUCACCUCGGUGCUGCAGGACCGCAGGUUCCGGUGCCAGCUCAUCGACCGCUCGGAGGACCUGGGCAUGAUCAGCGUCCAGGGCCCGGCCAGCCGGGCCAUCCUCCAGGAGGUGCUGGACGCAGACCUGAGCGACGAGGCCUUCCCGUUCUCCACCCACCAGCUGGUGAAAGCAGCCGGGCACCCGGUUCGGGCCAUGAGACUGUCCUUCGUCGGCGAGCUGGGCUGGGAGCUGCACCUCCCGGCGACGUCCUGUGUGCCUGUGUACCGCGCCGUGAUGGCGGCGGGCGCCAAGCACGGCCUCGUCGACGCUGGCUACCGGGCCAUCGACUCCCUGAGCACCGAGAAGGGCUACCGGCACUGGCACGCAGACCUGCGGCCGGACGACAGCCCCCUGGAGGCGGGCCUGGCCUUCACCUGCAAGCUCAAGUCCUCCGUGCCCUUCCUGGGGCGCAAGGCCCUGGAGCGGCAGCGGGCCGCGGGCCUCCGCCGACGCCUGGUCUGCUUCACUGUGGACGAGAAAGUGCCCAUGUUCGGCCUGGAGGCCAUCUGGAGGGACGGCCUGGUGGUGGGCCACGUGCGCAGGGCCGACUUCGGCUUCACCAUCAACAAGACCAUCGCCUACGGCUAUAUCCGGGACCCCAGCGGUGGGCCGGUCUCCCCGGACUUCGUGAAGCGUGGGGACUACAGCCUGGAGAGGAUGGGGGUGACCUACCCUGCCCAGGCUCACCUGAAGUCCCCCUUCGACCCCGACAACAAGAGAGUGAAGGGGGUGUACUGAGGGCUCCACCCCCACCCUGACUCCCUCGGGGCCUGUGGCACCCAGGGCCCGGCCCGGGACCCGGCCAGAACUUUGGUCCCCCUGCUUGUCCCCCACGUGCGGGCAUGGAGAGGUGGAAAGAGACCCCAAGGGCCCAUCCUUGGCCCAUCCUUGGCCAAGUGACCAAGUCAUUGACCAAAAGGUAGUCUCUAGUCCACCCACCCCCCAAACAGACCUGCAAUGCCCUGCCCUUAGGGACCAUACAAGCUUCUUAGAAGGUGCUGGGUGACGUGCACAAGCCCACUGUAACCGCAGCAGGGUGAAGGGGCUCCACCUGUGGUUGGGAGCCUUGGAGCUCCCCAGGUGCCUCUGAAAUCAGGGCGGGGCCGGGUUGGUGAGUGGAAGGCAGAGCGCGCAUGUGCAGACCGCCCCCCCCCCCCCAGUCAGGGCCACCUGGCUGGAUGGUCCGUCUCCCGGAUCCCAAGGCGGGGGGUGUGGAAGUCUGGAAAGAAAGCCCCUCCUGCCCCCUGAGAGUUUCUAGCCUGGAGACUGGGAGUGGGGGGGGGUGCCUCCGAUCAGUGCCCCCCACCAUUGCAGGCAGAAAUGCCGUCUCCUGCCCAUUUCCCUGGGAGCUACUUGUGGGCUUGGUCCGAGUGAGAGCCUGGUCAAGUCCUGCCUGGGUGGCCUUCGUCCUCUCUGUGUGACAGGCCCCUGCCUGUCCUUGUCACCCAGGGGAAGGCCCUUGCACAGAGCCUUAAGAGGGGAGGACUCCUCUGCUGCCCCGUGCCGGGCAUCCGCCCCGGGACCGGCCCCUGCCCCGCCCCCACCCCACCCCCAGGGGCAUUUCCUCCACCACUGGGCAGCCCAGGGGCCAGGCAGCCUCAGCGAACCGCAGCCCACGUCAUGCCCAGGGGUCCGUGGGCCUCUGGGAGGCAGGGUGACAGAUGCUUGGGGGACAGAGAGGACACGGUUCCCACACACAAGCUCAAAGGGCAGGGUGGUGGCGGGGGACAGACCCUGGACGCCCUCCGCUGCUCCCGUGCUCGGAGCCCUGCCCUGGGCCGUGCCGGGUCCGGCCGGGCCAAUAAAGCCGCAGCCUGGGAACACUUGUGCGUGGUGGAGGGUCAC